AUGGUACUUAAACCAGGAAAACCACUAGAACAAUUAACUUCAUAUAGACUAAUUUCGCUUCUUCCAAGCAUCUCAAAACUAUUCGAAAAACAACUUCUAAAACGCUUAAAACCGUUGAUAAAAGAAAGACAGCUUAUACCGGAACAUCAGUUUGGAUUUCGAAAUAAACCCUCAACCAUUGACCAGGUCCAUCGUGUCAUCAACGUAAUAAGCAAAGCGCUUGAAGAGAAAAAGUAUUGCAGCGGAGUAUUCCUUGACGUGGCACAAGCUUUCGAUAAAGUUUGGCACUAAAGAUUACUUAUAAAACUAUGUGAACAGCUGCCACAUACCUGGUGCGCAUUUUUCGUAUCUUUCCUGGCUGAACGUCAAAUCAGGGUAAUUGAUUGGAAAAAUAUAUCGGCGGGUGUACCACAGGGAAGCGUCAUUGGCUCAAUCCUGUACUUACUCUACACAGCGGACAUUCCAACCAAGAACUAUUCAAUGACAGCCAAGUUUGCUGAUGACACGGCAAUGAUAACAACAAAUGAAGAUCAGCAGACUGCGACUGAUUGGCUUCAAAGGUCCAUCAACAACAUUUCCAACUGGACGAAACGUUGGAAGAUUAAAAUUAACAGUGAAAAAUCGGUGCACGUAAAUUACACCUUGCGUAAAACCGUCUAUAAACCGGUAUUAUUAGAUCAGCAGAGCAUUCCACAGUGUGACUCAGAAAAAUAUCUAGGAAUGCAUCUGCACUUUCGGCUCAACUGGAAGCACCACGCUAGACAGAAAAAAAUGCAAAUAAAAAGAAAAUGCGACAAUUAUAUUGACUGGUCAGAAAAUAUUCCGAACUAG